AUGGGAGACAAAAAUGAAAUAUUUUCAGAGAGACUCGUUAAGGCAGUUAUAUGGGAUAUUGCCCUUCAAACUUUUCUUGCUACGCUAUUAGUGUUUAUAAUUCAAAUUGAUGUAAUACAUCCGUUAUCAUGGAUUACAUCAACAUUAGAAGACAUCAUAAGCUGGAAGAUGCUUCUCAACGUUAUCCUUCUUGGAUUAGUUUCAUUCUUUCAAGCUUACAUUUACGGUAAAUACUACACAAGCCCCGUGCCAAAGUAUUUUACAAGAUUUUCAAUGUUCCUAAAUAUCUUUACAACACAAAAUCUUGUGUUUACUCUUCUAUAUGCUUUAAAUGGAUAUUUUACUCUGAUUUUGUAUUCAUCUCUAGCUAAGAGUAACUUCAAUGUUUUAAAAAAGAUGUGUGAAGACAGUGAUGGACAGUGUCUAAAUGAGCAGAGUCUCUUUUUGCAACUGGGAGGAAUGUGGAUAGGACUGUUUUAUUUUCUUAGUGCACACAUUUUUAAUAAAACUGUGUUGACAUUCCCACAUAUUUAUCAAGACAAAUUUCAGCAAAUGAAACUGAUCAUUGCAAAUGUAGUAGCAACAGGAUUUCAGAGGUCUAUGAAACCAGUUGGUUAUUUCUGCAUGUUUUACUAUUUUUGGGGUAACAAACCAAGGAGUGUGGUCUCAGAUGUGUACAGUAUUUACUUAGAAGAUCCACCGCUAGAUAAUAUUAUUAACAUGUUGGGAUCUGGUAUUUGGAUUGGACUAUGGUUUUAUGCAAGUCUGUUUUUUAUUUCUGUUAAUGCUAUGAGAGCAGUAUUUAAUAUAGUUCUUACAGAACCAAUGGUUUUUUCUAUAGAAUCAGAUAAAAGCUUGACCCUUUGUAGUGCAUUGGCUCAGAAGUCACAAUUCUCUGGAUUUCUUGGAGCACAAGACUUUAGAAUUCUUGCAAUGACAGAUCAUUCGAGAAGACUUCAGAUAUUUACCCUUUCCCAGCCAGGUGGUCAUCCUAGAAACUGGAAUGGUCUCUUAGAGAAUAGUUUAAUUAUAAUAAAAGAAUUUAGCAAUCAGUUAGAAGCUAUUAAUUCUGAUAGCAAUGUAAAUGGAAUAAAAGAUGUGAGUAAACGGAACCUCUUUAAUGAAUCUCCAAAAUCAUCACCCAUUGGAUAUUCAGGAUCAUUACGCAACAUGGCUUCAUAUCCUCAAGCAUUGGAUAUAAAGAAUAUUCAGGAAAAUAAAGAAGAAAACACAUUUGUUAUUGCGAUUAAGAAAGAGUUGAAUAAUUUUGUGCAGAGAUUGUGCCAGAAACCAGGCAUUCAUUACUUCUUUGGAGAAUUAACAGACACCAAGUUGAAAUUCAUUUUGCUGCAGGCACAGCCCGUCAUGUGGAUCUGUGAGGGUUUAGCUCAUAUAGUAGCAUAUUCACUGAAGGAAGAUAAAUAUGGAGUUGUGCAAAAUGAUCUACCGAUAAUUCUAUCUGCUUUAAUAAAUUUAAAACAGAACCUAGAAAAAUUGUCUAAGCCUGGUCUCAUACCAAGGAAACAGAUUUUGAAUGAUAGUUUUGCCAUUAGAUCAAAGACAGCUAUUCUGUCCGUGGUCAAAAGAAGCAUUUAUAAAAUUGUAAUUACAUUUUCUAAAUACAUUCAUGAAAUACCACUAGACCCGGAUGUUCAAUUGGCAAUUCAGCCAUUUUUAGUUUGUAAAGAACCAUAA